AAUGUUAUUAUUUGGGUUACAUUUUGUUGUGGUACGAAAUGCCUAAUUUCACGCCUGAAAGCAGAGCUAUAAAUCUCUGAGAGAAUCAAGGAGAAAGAAUCAAAGAAACGUAGCAAUCUUCUGACCUUUGUAAAUGGGCAACGCUCAAUCGCCUCAAACGAAUUCCCGCUUCAUUACAGCUUCCAGAGCUUUUACUCAGAAUGAGCUCGAAGAUCUCAAGUCGCUGUUCUUCUCCCUCGCCGCUCAAUCAAAUAGCAGUGGGAAAUUCGUAUCGCCCUCUGUUUUCGAAACGUUUUUUGGACUGCGUGGUCCUCUUGGAGAAAGAUUGUUCGAUUUAGUGACACAGAAGCGCAAGGAUCAGAAGCUUACUUAUGAAGACCUCGUUAUAGCUAAAGGCACUUAUGAGAAGGGAACAAAUGAAGAAAUUGAAGAGUUCAUUUAUCAGUUAUUAGAUGUGUCAGGUGAUGGUGCCCUUGGGAGGUCUGAUCUGGAGUCGGUUCUAGUAGAAAUUUUAACUUAUGUAUUCUCCUCAACAAAUAAUGAAACUGGAUUCGAUUCGCAUCAGGACGCAGUACAAAUAUUUAUUCAUGCAGCAACUUUCUCAGAGAACGGUGAACGAUUUACUUAUGAAGAUUUCAAACACUGGUGUACUCUGCUUCCAUCUGUUAGGAAGUUUCUUGGAAGCUUGUUGAUGCCACCAGAAGUAGGGAGACCUGGUUGUCAAGUUCCAAGGCUGGUCUAUGGGGCAAACAUAGAUUCUCAUCUUGUGUUAUUGAAGAAGGAAUAUGCUUGGCAUAUAGGAGGAGCUCUUCCUCAGCAUGAGCUGGAGGAGUGGAGACUACUUUACCAUAGUUCAAUAAAUGGGCUGAGUUUCACUACAUUUUUGGGUAACACAACGAGAACGUGCAGUAACGAUGGAGGACCAACGGUGCUGAUAGUGAAAGAUAAAGAAGGUUAUAUAUAUGGAGGAUAUGCUUCUCAGGCAUGGGAGAGGCAUGGUGAUUUCUAUGGAGAUCUGAAAUCAUUUCUAUUUCAGCUGUAUCCAAAGGCAUCCAUAUACAAACCAACUGGAGCUAACAAUAACUUACAAUGGUGCGCUGUAAAUUUCAGUUCAGAUAGUAUACCGAACGGCAUUGGGUUUGGAGGACGAGCGAACCACUUCGGUCUGUUUGUGUCGGCAAGCUUCGAUCAGGGUCACACGUUCACAUGUACAACAUUUGGGAGCCCGUGUCUGUCGAAGACGAACCGAGUAGAGCUGGAAGUGAUAGAAUGCUGGGGAGUAGGAGGAGAAGAAAAGGGGAGUGGUAGCCAUAACAAUAAUGGAGUGAAGGGUAGUGUGUUGGAGAGGUUUAAAGAGGAUCGCAAUAUGCUCAAAAUGGUUGGGCUUGCCAAUUCCAGUGAAUGAUCAUGCAUUUUGACGUUUAUUGUGUAGUGUUUGGUAUAUAUUACAGAUUUUGCUGAUUUUAUUUUUAUGUAAUAUUAUUAUACAU